GAAAAGGUAGCCAGUGGCCUGCCAGAUCGGAAUUUGCUGUUUACCCUUUUGACCUGGCGAAAUCGAAUCAGAAUAAAAGAAAGCUCUGCACUUCGUUCAUCGAGAGCAUCCAUAGCAAGAGGAAGCGGCUGAGGUUGGCUCGGGUGAGCAACAUGGCGGAGAAGCUGACGCCGGAGCAGGUGGACGAGUGCAAGGAAAUCUUCGACCUGUUCGACGCCGACGAGGACGGUCGCAUCGCCACGGGUGAGCUCGUGACGGCGCUGCGCUCCCUGGGCCAGAACGUGGACGAGGCGGAGGCGCGGCGCUUCCUGGAGGACGCGGGCGUCGCCGCGGGCGCCGGCGACAUCGACCUCGCGGCGUUCCUGGCCGUGGCGGCGCGCAAGAUGGGCGCCAGGCAGUCGGAGGCGCGCCUCGCCGAGUGCUUCGACGUGUUCGACGACGCCUGCAGCGGGUCCAUCCCCGCGGAGCAGCUGCGGCAGGUGAUGGUGAGCCACGGCGACCGGCUCACGGAGGAGGAGGCCGACGCGAUGCUCCGCGAGGCCGACCCGCGCGGCGAGGGCCGCGUCGAGUACAAACACUACGUCAAAGUACUGCUCAGGGACAAGAAGUGAUCCGGUGAUCCUUCGCCCGCCGGUGGCCACGGCCGGCCACGAGUGGGGGAGGAGGAUGUCAACUCGAUCUGCUCUUUGAUCAUGUGCGCGUCCUAGUCCUAGCACCGCCGCUUAAUUAUUAUCACGGCAUCAGAUCCAGUAGCUAGUGGCUACCGAAUUCUUGAAGUUGACAUCACCAGUUCUGUAUUCUGGUUUCGCUUGUGUUGAGCGUGUAAGAUGUCUGCGAUCGCAGCUUUCGAGACCAACUCCGUUCGCCGUAGACUCAUCGUCA